UUCCCUGCUGUUUCUCUGAGAGAGAAAUGAUGGGCUGAACUGAGGGACACACUCACACACACACACACAGGAGAGAGAGAGUAAAGCGGAUCAUAGUAGGCGCCUUCCUGCGCCUUUUUUUCAUCUCUCCUAAGGAAAUAAGGGGAAUUUACUGAACAAAAUCAAACAAACGCAGAGACGUGACAGGAGUUCAGUGAGGGAAUUCAAACUGUCGCCAAACAGCUGCGCCAGCCUGGUCGGGUAAAGACGCAAUAUCCAAAUGGCCAACUCUGCCGGUUGAGCCACACCGGCUCUCCGUCGGUCCGUCGAGCGCGAGCCGCGCCGGCUCUCCGUCGCGCCUCCUGUGUCCGCGUGGCGCGUGGCGAGAGGACGGGACGUGCGCGCCGAGGCUGUGGACGUGAGAGGCUUUGGCUCCGGCGAGUCCUCUGUGCAGACCGCACGGGGACGCGGGCGCCGAGGAGCGGCUCGGCUCGGGCCGGUUUUAGGACCGAGAAAAGAAAAGAAAAGUGACACUUGAGCAUCGCGGUGCGCGUCGUGCAACCGCCAUGGAGACAUUGACUGGGCUUUGGGCACGUUUUGAAGGCAUUUCAAACCACUAGGAAAUAAUAAUUUGUAAAAAAUGCUGUCAAAGGCGCACGGGGGGACCCUGUGAGGCCAACGGUGUCAGUCCUCGAUGGCAGAACUUGAAGUUUGCCGGAAUCUCAAUUUGGAGAAGGUGGAGCGAUGCAUGAGUGUGAUGCAGUCCGGGACGCAGAUGGUAAAGCUGAAGGCAGGAUCUAAAGGGCUGGUGAGACUCUUCUACCUGGAUGAGCAUCGCUCCUGCAUCCGCUGGAAGCCCUCACGCAAGAGUGAGAAGGCCAAGAUCACCAUUGAUUCGCUGUACAAAGUGACAGAGGGGGGUCAAUCAGACAUCUUCCAUCGGCAUGCAGACGGCAGCUUUGACCCAGCCUGCUGUUUCACAGUGUACCAUGGUAACCACAUGGAGUCCCUCGACUUGGUGACGUCCAAUGCAGAAGAAGCAAGAACCUGGAUAACUGGCCUGCGCUACCUGAUGGCUGGGAUCAGCGAUGAGGACUCACUGGCCAAACGGCAGCGUACGCACAACCAGUGGAUGAAGCAGACAUUUGAGGAGGCUGACAAAAACGGAGAUGGUUUCCUGAACAUUGAGGAGAUCUAUCAACUUCUCCACAAGCUGAAUGUCAAUCUGCCACGCAGGAAGGUCAAGCAAAUGUUUCAGGAAGCAGACACGGACGAUCAGCAGGGCACGCUAACGUACGAGGAGUUCUCGGUCUUCUACAAGAUGAUGUCUCUGAGACGGGACCUGUUCCUGCUGAUGAUGGCGUAUAGCGACAGGAAGGACCACCUGACAGCAGAGGAGCUGGCCAACUUCCUGCGCAAUGAGCAGAAGAUGGCCAAUGUGACUCCAGAGGAUGUUGCAGAAAUUAUUGACAAGUUUGAGGAGUCUGACGAGAAUAAACAAGGAGGCGUCAUGGGAAUUGAAGGUUUUACAAGUUUCAUGCGAAGUCCGGCGUGUGACAUUUUCAACCCUUUGCACCACAAGGUGAAUCAAGACAUGGAGCAGCCGCUCUCUAACUACUUUGUUGCCUCCUCUCAUAACACAUACCUGACCGGAGACCAGCUUCUCUCCCACUCCAAGACCGACAUGUACGCCUGGGUGCUGCAGUCCGGCUGCCGCUGCGUCGAGGUGGACUGUUGGGAUGGUCCUGAUGGAGAGCCAGUUGUCCAACAUGGCUACACUCUGACCUCCAAGAUACCAUUCAAGUCUGUCAUAGAGACCAUCAAUAAAUAUGCCUUCAUAAAUAACCAGUACCCCGUAAUUCUGUCCAUAGAGAACCACUGUAGCAUCCAGCAGCAGAAGAAGAUUGCUCAGUACCUGCGAGAAAUCUUUGGAGACAAACUCGAUGUGGGAGACGCACUAAGCAGAGACUCCAAAACUCUACCCAGUCCCAACAGCCUGCAGGGCAAGAUACUCAUCAAAGGAAAGCGUCUGCCUUCCUACCUGUCCGCGGACGCAGAGGAAGGGGAAGUAUCUGAUGAUGACAGCGCCGAUGAAAUCGAGGACGACUUCAAGCUCAAGAGCAGCAACGGGAACGGUCACCACCAGGUGGAGUCUCACAUCAGGAAGAAACUGGACUCUCUAUUGAAGGAGUCUCGCAUUGGAGACAAGGAAGACACCGACAGUUUCAGCAUCCGAGCCCUGCUCCGGGCGACGCACCAGGGUCUCCAGAAAAACCUGCGGCAGAGCUCCAGGGGGGUUCUGAAGAAAUCCCAGAGCAGAUCGUUCAUCACGACACUCAAACAGAAGACUGGAUGCUUCAGUGACUCACUUUCACCUCUUGAGAGGCACUCCAAAUCCAGGCUGUCAUGCCAAAGCGUCGACAAGGAGGAGGACGGUCAGGAGAAGUCUGGGAGGGAAGCUGGAGGACAGUUCAACAGGGGUGGAAGGAAGAGGAAGACGAUGAAACUGAGCAGAGAUCUGUCAAACCUGGUGGUGUUCACCAACUCUAUUGCCUCACAGGAGUGCCUUAAUGAAGGUACCCCAGGUGACGUUCUGUCAUUCAGUGAGACCAGAGCGCAGUCUCUGGUCAAUCACAAAGCAGAACAGUUCCUGGCUUUUAACCAGAGGCAGCUGUCACGGAUUUAUCCCUCAGCCUAUCGCAUCGACUCAUCCAACUUCAACCCCCAGUUCUACUGGAACGUGGGCUGUCAGUUGGUCGCUCUGAACUACCAGACAGAAGGCCGGAUGAUGCAGCUCAACAGAUCCAAGUUCAUGGUGAAUGGAGGUAUCGGCUACGUCCUCAAGCCCCCUCCCAUGUGUAAAGGCUCAUUCAACCCAUUCAGUGAUGACCCACUUCCAGCCUACCCCAAGAAGCAGCUCAUUCUCAAGAUCAUUAGUGGACAGCAGCUGCCCAAACCACCAGACUCCAUGCUGGGGGACCGUGGAGAGAUUAUUGAUCCAUUUGUGGAAGUGGAGAUCAUCGGUCUUCCGGUUGAUUGCUGCAAGGAGCAGACACGAGUUGUUGAUGACAAUGGUUUUAACCCAGUAUGGGAGGAGACUCUGUCCUUUACGCUCCACAUGGCUGAGGUGGCUUUGGUGCGUUUCCUUGUCUGGGACCAUGACCCCAUUGGAAGAGAUUUUAUUGGUCAACGGACUGUUGCCUUCAGCAGCCUGAUGCCUGGUUACAGACAUGUUUACUUGGAGGGGCUGACUGAAGCUUCCAUCUUUGUGCAUGUGUCAGUGCAUGAUGUCUAUGGGAAGUGGAGCCCUCUAGUCCUGAACCCCAGCUUUACCAUAAUGCACUUUCUAGGAUCUAACAAGGGUCAUCAGCUGCGGGGCAUCCGGGGUUUGUUUAACCGUUCAUCCAAGUCCUCUGUGGAUACAAACUCCGGAGGCCUCCGGAAACGCUCCAUCAGUGACCAUCUCCUGCGGCGCACAGCCAGUGCCCCAGCGAAGGGACGGAAGAAGACAAAGAUGGUGCUGUCAGAGUCUGUGGCUUCAAUAUCAGACCCAAAGAACGCCACAGGUGCAGGGACAGGAGGAGAGGGAGUGUCGGGGAAGGAAGGAGGGGUGGUGGUGGAGAAGCGUCUGCAACCCAGAGCCCCGCUCAUCCACAGACCCAUCUCCAUGCCCUUAGAAAGGCUACUGCAAGGGCAGCUGUCCCUCUGCUCCCCAGACAAGGAACAGCAUGAUAUGGGUGCAGACACUAUCAUUGGUGCUUGCCCCCUCAACAGGCCCAGGUCUUCCUCUGUGGACCUUCUCAUCAAAUCACCAUUUUCUAUUGAACCAAGCAUCUCCUCCCCUUCCAAGACAUACAGAAAUAAAGAAUUUGACCAAUCGGAGGAGGCUUCUUAUCUGGUUAUUGGUGGACGAGAAGAUAGAAAGGAAGGAGACUAUGUCAAUUAUCGAACAGAAGAUAAUGAAAUCAACAAAUCAAACAUCAUCUCCACAGGAACAGUGAAAAACUCUUUGGUCUCACCUUCCACGAACAAAAAGAUGGGAUCAGAUAAACCAGAGACAUCAUCGAACAGCACAACAUUCACAGUUGCGCCUUCAGUCUCCUCCUCCUCCUCCUCCUCCUCUGCCCCAUCCUCUGUGGCCCCUCUCUUUCCUGUCAGUAUGGACUGUGACCUGAAGAGUCCCAGCUCUUUGCAUGACAGCACCAUCUCCAGACUCAUUGAUGCUGUGUCCUUAGGCAAUGAACAAGACACGUGUGGUUCUGUUUCUGCUCUGAUUGGUCAAUUUGAAAUCACUGGUGACCAAAAAGAUUUCACAACAUCAUCUCGUGAUGGCACUCCUUCCCGCCCCUCGAACUUCAGGUCUACAACCCCAAAAGCGCAGCAAGAUUCAAGGUCUCUCAAGACAACUCCAGGCUCUCUUAACAUGAAACACCUGAUAAGUCCCCAGCAAGUAACGCAAAAAACAAAUCAUGUAAAUCAUGAAAUCCUCUCACCCUCCAAAAUUUCUCAGACAAAUGCAUCUGUUCCAUCCUUCUUCUCCAGCCCAGAAACCGCUGAGCUUGAGGAGGUGUACACCAUUCUGGAUGAAGAGGUGCUGUUGCCUGUAUCAGUUAACAACCUCAGGAAACAGACAGUCCGUUUUCAGGCAGACACUGUAGAGAACACGUCCUUGAACACCCUGGGGUCCUCACCUUCAAAAGUUGUUCAGGGUAUUGGAAAAGGGAACAAUUUGAGGUUGGCUGAUAUGCACAGGAAGCAAGGUGAAAGGGAAGAAUUUGAGGUGGCAGAAGAGAGUGUAUAUGAGGAGGUGAGUGAUCUCCCAGCCCCAGCGCCUGAGAUAGAACUGGGAACUUCCCAAAGGUACAUGAGCAACACUGCAAAUGACUGUUUCCAGUUUCUCCAAGCUAAAAAUGCUUUUGCCGAAGUCGAGAUCAAUGUUGAUGAAGAUCCAUUGGAUAUGAUGCUGACUUCGCCGAGACAUGGCAGCGAAUGGGAGGGACUUAUAAGUCCAACUAAACGCCAUGCAAUCUACGAAAACCAAGAGUCCAUUCCCAACUACCCCCAACAAAAACAGCGUUCGCCAUUCUGUAAUCCCCAACAACAGUUCCCCUCAUAUGCAUCUCAUGUAGCAUAUUCACAUUCUCCCUUUCCACUGAGUCAACCUUCCUAUCAGCUGUCCGAUCAUCACCAACACCAGAACAACUCCAAGCCUUCAUUGUUCCACAGACCCGUCACCUCCAGACCCUCCAACCCUAUUCAGCAGUUUCAGAACAGCUAUUCCGUUCCUCAGGGCAAUUCUGAGGUCCUUAACAACAGCAGAGACUUCUACAGUCCCUAUAAACAACAGAGGAGCUGUAGUGGCAGCCAGAUCCUAAACAUGUCUCACCAAAUGCAAGGAUACACACAGAUGGAGAGGGAGAAAAUGAAGUGUUUCCACAAUGGUUACUCCUCCUCCGAAAGCCUUCAUGGCCAGUCUGUUGUGUCUACAAACAUCUCCAGAGACAGAGGACUAUAUACGCCUUCUUCAGACUGCGAUGCAGUAUACAGCCAUCUAGAGUAUGACUGCAUUAUGCCCGAGUUCUCAGCUCCUCAAAACAACCAGCCACACAGCCAAAGUCAAACACAAUCACACAGGCUGGAGUCAUGGAACCAAAAUGUUCCCCUCACAGAUCCUAGCCACCAGCCACAGCCUGCAACCAGAGUGUUGAUGCACUCAAAUUUAAGGCCUUUAUCAACUCGCUCCCAGUCUGUCACCAUGGACCCAACAGCCCCCAGCCAAUGUAAGUCCAAGUCCCUGGGAGACCUGACCUCUGAAGACAUAUCAUGCAACUUCCAGAGCAAAUACCACAUUAUCAGUCGCAGUUUCAUCACUCCCCAUAUGAGGAAGCAAAAGAGAAUGGGGGAAUCAACUUUCCAAUCACAGUCUUGUGAUCCACUCACAGAACAGCUACGAAGGCUGGUCAGUUUGGAGGGGGAUGACGGUGACAAAGAAAGGCCACUGUCUCCUCAGCUGCAUGAAGCCAAAUCCCCACUGCCACAGCCCCAAGCUACAAGUACGGCACCUGUGUCUCCCAGGGAUACAGAUGAUUCCCCUCCUCCCCUCACCCGUCGCCUAUCUUCUCGGAGCCAAAGCCGAGUGCGUCACAUCAACAGUCGUGCCCGCGAAAGACAACAAGAGGCUCUAAAACCUCGGCCAGGCGUGGUGAUCAAUAGCACCACCAGCAUUGGUGGGGUGGUGUUUAGGAAUAAGCCAGCGUCACAAAAUCCACCAGCUAACAGACACUCAACCGGUUCUUACAUAGUAGGUUACCUGGAUCAGAUGGAGGACAGGGGACUUCCAGAAGGAGCUUGCACAUCAUUACGAUAUGGAAAUGGGGAUCACUAUGGGGAUCGGUACUAUACAGAUGACUCUCUCCCAAAUGCAAACUCCUCCAACUCUGUGUCAGAGCCCGAGGUCUACUUUCUGCUCAGACUGUAGUUCUGCUCUUAACCUGAAAUGAGAAGAAGAAUCAAUCACUGAUUUUUGAGGAUGUUCAUUUACACCAAAAGCCAGAGGAUCAAGGACACAGUUGCCAUCAUUUGUUCCCACGUUCACAGAGCAGAAGGUUUUCUUUGUAACAGAAACAGCCUGUACAAUGUCAAUGAAACAUCACAUAUAAUCCAUGGUUGGAUCUGACAGCAUGAAUUUUGUGUAUGAAAUGUCCACUAUUCAAUAGUGAAUGGUCUCUGUCUGACGGUGUAAUGUCUAUAUUCGGCUCAAUGUGUAAAUGUACCCGGGGACCUCGAUUCCCUCCAAAUGGCUUCCUAGACUGAUUGUACAGAUACUUGUUACCUUUGUCCCUGUGAUGUACUGUCCAAACUGCGUACAUUGACUAUGAAGCACACAAAGUAAUAGAUGGGGUUCAUCUUCUCAAAGAUCAAAUGUCUUCCUUCUGUUUUCAGUGGUGUUUCCUUAUUUGUGGCGUGUGAAUAUUCCAUUGUUUUGAAUCCGAGAUGGAUUUUAGUUAUGAACAAAUUCUAACUGUACAUUUAUGUUUGUGCAUGUUACCUGUGAACAUGUCAAGCAUGACUAUGCACCAGUUUAUACAAUAGAUGUUUCAUCGGCCAAUAUUUGCACAGAACAAAUAGUUGCAUUGUAUACAACAGAGGACAUAGACUUGUUUGUAGUGGGUGCAAUACAGUACAUACACUUCCAUGCUCGGACUUGUUGCUCUCUUUGAUUUGUAGAACUGUAAAAUGUGAUCGCAAAUUUUAAAGGUUUGGAGUUUAAAGGUUUUUAUUUUUAUAAUUGCUUUGAUACAGACUGCAAAAAAAUAAUCUCAUGCUCGUUCUGGUUAUUUUAUUUUGUAUAACUUAAUGAAAUGGGGGAAGGAAAAAAAAACAUACAGAGCCAGGCCGAGGAGGGGAGGGGGCAAAGCUGCAGUUUGUUUUUUAAAUUAUUGUUUCAGUGUUACACCAUCCUUUUUUUUUCUCUUUGUAUUGCUGCUCAUUGGAGGACUGUGAGCAUUUUCCUACAGAUGCAAUAAAAUAUUGAAAUGUUUAAUUUCAAAAAAA